UCCCACAACAAUGGCAUCCUCACCCCCACCAACUCCAGCAACACACUCCAAAACAGAGUCGCCAUCGUAACCGGCGCAUCCCGAGGAAUAGGCAGAGCAAUCGCACUCCACUUAGCCUCACUCGGCGCAAAGCUCGUCAUUAAUUACACCUCUCCAUCCUCAAAACCCCUCGCCGAUCAACUCGUCUCUCAGAUCAACUCCACCACCCGCGCAAUCGCCGUCCAAGCCGACGUCUCCGACGAAACCCAAGUCAAAACCCUCUUCAACACCGCCGAACAAACCUUCAACACUCAACCCCACAUCGUCGUCACCUCCGCCGGCGUCAUCGACUCCAAAUACUCCUCAAUCUUCGACAUCGAAGCUGCCGACUUCGACCGCAUCUUCGCCGUCAACACCCGGGGGACAUUCCUCUGCAUCAAGGAGGCAGCCAACAGAGUUACCCGCGGCGGUGGUGGGAGAAUCGUGACGCUGUCGUCGUCGUUAGUGGGGUCUUUGAAGGAGAAGUACGGGGCUUAUGCGGCGUCGAAGGCGGCAGUGGAGACCAUGACGAAGAUAUUGGCGAAGGAGUUGAAGGGGAGUGGGAUUACGGUCAAUGCGGUGGCGCCGGGGCCGGUUGCCACGGAGAUGUUCCUUGAUGGGAAAUCAGAGGAGAUGAUUAAGAAGGUGGUUGAUGAGUGUCCUUUGGGAAGGUUGGGGAUGGUAGAAGACGUGGCUCCUGUUGUUGGAUUUUUGGCUAGUGAUGCUGCUGAGUGGGUUAAUGGUCAAGUUAUUCGAGUUAAUGGUGGUUAUGUUUAGGGGUGUUGAUUCCGAUGUCCGCAUCAGGUUCAAUGAGGUUGGGUCGGGUCCGGUCAAUUUUUAAAGAUUAGUCAUGCUAAAUUAUUAUGUCAAAAUCUAAAUCGGAUAUUUCUCAGUAAACUACAUACAUUGUGAAACUUAUUUGUUUGUAAUCCCUCUGUAAAUGAUAGUGCAAACCAGUGAAUAAACUUAGCUACUUAGUGCAAUGAUUGCGAGUUGCU